AUGAUUUACAGACCAAAGAACGUACCUGCCGAACUCGACGUCCUCGACUCGCCACUUCUCUCCCCGACACCGAUUGGUUCUGCGCUGUUGGGGAACGUGCCUGGAAGUGCGCUAGCGGAAAGAAUAUUUAACGAUCCUACAGCUUGGAAGACGGAUGAUAUCAUCCAAGGAGGUGGGAUUGGUGGAAGGGGAGCUCCGGGGGAGCUCAUCCUAGAUCCGAUGUCGUGGUUCGUGGACGAGGUCGAGAGGUUCAGGCUCAACAGCGCAGCGAGCUCAUCGUCGUCGUUGAAUUCGGCUUCGACGGAUGAUGGCGGCCUUCUUACGCCCCCGGAGAAAUCAAGAUUGGGCGUUAUCCCAGGGAUGAUGAAGAGGGACUCCCAGCAGAGCUUGAUGGGCCUUACUGCGCGCCAUAACGUGCGCCCCAUCUCCCUCGCAUCUUUAUUUGAUGCGCGCUCGGAGGAAGACUUCGUCAAGGAUAUCCAAGCACAGAUGCAGAUGAAGACCAGUGGCGAGCAAGCAGGAUUUGGAACAGGAAAAACACCGCACACGGCAGAUGUGUUUUCGCCGAUGAGUGACGCGACUAACAGCACGGUUGUUUCGCCCGCCCCGAUAUACUCGGCCUCAACAACGCUCAGCUUCCUGGAUCUUUAUCUCGAAUCGCCAGGUUCGAAGAGUGGUGCGCUGAGGAAGUCACUGUACGCCAAGUCGCAGCCUAGGCAGGGACUGGGAUUGAAGGUGACCGGAGAAGGAAUGGAGAAGCCUCGUCCAGUUUCGCUUCUCAGCCCACUGGUGCAUCCAGACAUGAGCGUCGAACCAGUCAAGAGAGGCUCAUCAGUUCCUCCAUUGGACCAGCUACCCGUUCCAUCCCCGCAACCCAACGUUUCUGCCUCAGUGCUUUCACCGGAACCGAAACCCAUUCUUCCGCCGGGGCUGCACCAGAACCUGGAGGUGGGAGAGACGAAACCUGAGGAGCAGGAAGGAGAGGCCAGCAAGAAGGACAGGGCCCAGGAAAAGGUUGAGGCGAUUCCCCAGAAGACUCAACCCUCCUCCUUAUACCAGAACAGCAACACCCCCUCGACCCUUGCCCUCAAGUUCGUCCACCCCGGCGACAUCUGCCUCUUCCUCGUCCAAUCACUCGACCCCCACGAAAGUGACCCCCUCCAAAGCCGCAACCGCCGCACCUCCCAAAUCAACUGCUACGCCCCCUCGAUCCACGUCGGUAACCCCAUCUGGAACGCCCGUUCGCCGUCUACCCACAAUCCCUCUAAAAUCCGCCGCCGUCAAUUCGUCUACACCAUUAAGCAGUGCCCUACCAUCCUCCCUUCCCACGGCCGCCGCUUCCUGCUCAACUUCGAACCACGCCCUUCCAUCAUCACUCCCCACUGGCGUAGCUCCUACACCCUCAACGAGCACCUCCUUAGCGAACAGCCUACUUUCCCCCGAACCCACACCCGCCACCUCGCUAUUCCAACAGCACCACAGGCCAAUGUCGGCUAUGCGGUCACCUCUCGGUGGUCCAAUAGGACCACGAUCGCGAGUUAG